AUGCCUCCAAAAGCUGACUGGGACAAAUACGUUGCACCCAACGAAGAUGACGAGACUGCUCAGGACAAGAUUGUGCCACUUUCCGAAGGAGAUAUUCAGGUGCUUAAAACAUACGGUGCUGCUCCCUACGCCUCUACUUUGAAGCAAUUGGAAAAGGACUUGAAAACAAUCGAAGACAGAAUCAAGGAGAGUAUCGGGAUCAAGGAGUCUGACACCGGACUCGCUGCUCCACAUCUUUGGGAUGUGAUGGGCGACAAGCAAAGAAUGAACGAAGAGUCACCUUUGCAAGUUGCCAGGUGCACUAAGAUCAUCGAAGCAAUCCAGCAAUCUCCCUCCAACCAACCCGCCAUGCUUCAAAACGCCGACAACAAGCUGAAAUACGUUAUUAAUAUCAAACAGAUCGCCAAGUUUGUCGUGGGAUUAGGAGAAAGAGUCUCCCCCACUGAUAUCGAAGAAGGUAUGAGAGUCGGAGUUGAUAGACAAAAAUAUGAGAUCCAGUUGCCUUUACCACCAAGAAUCGAUCCCAGUGUUACGAUGAUGACGGUGGAAGAAAAGCCAGAUGUGACCUAUAGUGAUGUAGGGGGGUGUAAGGAACAGAUUGAAAAAUUAAGAGAAGUCGUAGAGUUGCCCCUCUUGUCGCCAGAAAGGUUUGUGAAGUUAGGGAUCGAUCCACCAAAGGGGAUCUUGUUGUAUGGACCGCCCGGAACCGGUAAGACGUUGUGUGCCAGGGCCGUGGCUAACAGAACCGAUGCAACUUUCAUCAGAGUUAUUGGUUCUGAAUUGGUUCAGAAGUACGUCGGGGAAGGUGCUCGUAUGGUGAGAGAGUUGUUUGAAAUGGCACGUACUAAGAAGGCUUGUAUCAUUUUCUUCGAUGAAGUUGAUGCUAUCGGAGGUGCCAGAUUCGAUGAUGGAGCAGGUGGUGACAACGAAGUGCAGAGAACUAUGUUGGAGUUAAUCACACAAUUGGACGGGUUCGACCCCAGAGGUAACAUCAAGGUGAUGUUCGCUACGAAUAGACCAAACACCUUGGAUCCAGCUUUGCUUAGACCUGGUAGAAUUGACAGAAAGGUGGAAUUUUCACUUCCGGACUUAGAAGGAAGGGCCAACAUUUUCAGAAUUCACUCCAAGACAAUGAGUUGUGAAAAGGAUAUAAGAUGGGAAUUGAUCUCCAGAUUGUGUCCUAACGCUACAGGGGCCGAAUUGAGAUCUGUUUGUACCGAGGCCGGUAUGUUUGCCAUUAGAGCAAGAAGGAAGGUUGCUAAUGAAAAGGAUUUCUUGAAAGCAGUUGAAAAGGUUAUCAAGGGUAACAUGAAGUUUAGCAGUACUUCUCAAUACAUGCAAUACAACUAG